GACCUUAACACAAACUCUGACGCGCUACGCAAAACUGCAAAAACGUCGUCGGAAAAUAAUGACUUUCCUCCGUGCUGCCUUUCGUUCUAUACCGCGUGCUCGUCCAGUGAGCGCUAUCCCACGGGCUGCGCUUUUCACGCGACAAAAUCUUGCUCUGCAACGUGCUGCAUACUCGGCGGCAGCAGCUCUCUCCAGGUCAGAUAUCCAGGCGCGAAUCUUCGACGUGGUCAAGUCCUUCGAGAAGGUUGAUCCAUCCAAGGUUACCGAUUCCGCAUCGUUUGCAGGCGACCUUGGAUUGGACAGCUUAGACGCGGUGGAGGUCGUCAUGGCUGUCGAGGAGGAAUUUGGUAUUGAGAUUCCGGACGCAGAGGCUGAUGAAAUCCAAACUGUUCAACAAGCAAUUGAUUACAUCGCCAAAACUCCGGACGCGAAAUAAUUUACCGUGUUACCCAUCGCAUGUAGCUCUCUCAUGCAAUAAUGACACCCCUGCAUUGGCCAGUUCCAAAUAUGUGUGCUGUCUU